AUGGCCGCCAUCUGCGUCUCUCAAAUCCGCGCCGUCGGUCCCGCGGCCGUCGCGUCGAAGCGACGCGUCGCGCUCCGCUCUCGCGCCGCCGUCAAAUCCCGCGCCGUCGCGACCGCGGCGACGGAGACGGACGAGGUCCAGAAGGUCCUCAAGGAAGGGAACGUGACGGUGGAGUACCAGCGGCGAAAAGCGAAGGAGAUGGUGCAGUUCUUCAAGCAGCAGGACUACGACCAAGCCGUGGAGGAGUCGCAGGUGUUCGGGUUCACGGCGAAGAACGAGAUCAACAACGGGCGGUGGACGAUGUUCGGUCUCCUCGUGGGGAUGCUCACGGAGUACGCGACCGGGGUUGACUUCAUCGAUCAGAUCAAGCUCACGAUCUCGGUGUUGGGGAUCGCGGACAUCUACGAUUAA